AUUUUUUUUUCAAAUAACCGCCGGUCGGUGUUACCUCGUGCAGUUUAUCCUAAUUUCUUGAAUUGCGUCAACUUUGAAAAUAAAUCUUAAAAUCGUAUUUCAUGAAUUAAAGUCAUGUUUAAUCGAAACGUGAUCGGAGCUUCCGUGGGCUUGGGUAGCUGCCUGGCUGCAGGUGUCGGUCUGAAAAUGUUCAAAAAGUCGGAAAUUGACAAAAACGAUACCCGAGUGAAAACACAAAAUGAAAAUCGUAAAGUUUUGCUCGAUGGGUAUGAUUUAAAACAAGUACAGGUCAUAAUUAGACAUGGGGCUAGGACACCAAUCCACACAAUGUAUAAUGUAGAACAGGUAGAUUACAGUUCAAAAUUAUUUAUGGGAGAUCUUGCACACACUGUAUAUAACUACAAGUCAGUGAAUCUAGAUGGUGGUCCAAAACCUAAAUCAACAUAUGAUGCUCACUAUAGUCAACCAGAAAGAUUGUUAAAGGGUAAAGCUAUACGAGGGGAUCUUACAAAACUAGGUCAAGAUCAAAUGUAUGUGAUUGGUCGGUUGCUACGGAAACAGUAUAUACGUGAAGCCAAACUUAUAGACAGUGAAUUUGAUCCAGAACAAGUAUAUAUAAGGUCUACAAACACUAACAGAACUAUAGGUACAGCAAGAUGUAUAGUUGCUGGGAUGUUUGGAGCAGAGUCACUUAGAAAAUUAAAAGAACCUGUAGAAAUUCACAUUGAUGAAGGAACGAAGGAUGUUUUAUUACCAAGGACUGGGGUAUGUCACGUGUUACGACAGAUAAAUCACUAUGCAAUGGUACACGGUGGUGAUUUGCCUGGUUUGAGGGAAAAUAGACUUCUUAUAGAAGAUUUAUUAGAUUAUCAUCCAGAUGGGACGCCUGGUAAACAUAAACUUAACUUUAUAGACAUCAGAGAUGAUAUUGUGGCCAGAGAGACUCAUGGAUAUCCCUAUCCAGACCGGCUGAAGCCACAUCGUCCAAUGAUAGAAGAAAAUGCUUCCAAAGUCAUGUAUUAUGCUUUUUGUGCACAUCAAGAGUCAGAACGAGAAGUGGCAAUGAAGUUGUCUACAGGACCUCUUGUUAAAUUAUUGUUAGAUACAAUAGAAAAUGCUGAAAACCUCAGGCAGAAGAUGUAUAUUUACUCUUGCCACGAUUCAACACUAGUCGGUCUUCUAGGUUUGCUAGAUGUGUAUGAUUUUAAAUGGCCACCAUUCGGUUCUUACGUGAUUUUUGAAACAUAUGAAAACAAAGAGCAACAGAAGUUUGUCAGGGUAUCAUAUAAUGGAAAGGAUCAAAUUGUAAGAAGAUGCAGUACUGAGUUAAUUCCCUUGGAAGAGUUAAAGACAAAUAUAGGACACUACGCAGUUGAUAAAGCAGAAUACGAGGAAAUUUGUGCUUCAGAUAUUUUAGAAGUUAUUGCACAAGAUGUAAUGGCGCAAGAAAAGGGAGAAGUUGAAGACAUUGAAGACAAGGAGAGGUCUGACACUCCUGCUGGAAUGUAGAACAUGAAUAUUUAUGAGCAUUUGAUUAGAAAUAUGGGACAACACAUAGAAUAAAAAUAUGCAGAACAUGAAUAUUCAUGAGCAAUGACUAGAAUGUAGAACAUGAAUAUUUAUGAGCACUUGAUUAGAAAUACAGGUCAACACAUGGAUAUAGAAAUAAGCAGAACAUGAAUAUU